AUGGCGAGUCACAGCACUUCUACUACCCUGCCGACUAACAGCAGCGCGACCAUCGCCGCACCGGACGGAGGGACGUCAGAGUCCCUUGCCGCUGCUCUCUUCUCAUUGGACGACCUCCCUUCGCCGCUCGCUUCGCUGCAUGCCACUCUCCCGCCGCCGCCGGCUGCGCCGGUUUCUCAGAGUCCUCUCCCCGACUCGGAGCAUAAAGGCCGCUUCGGCUGGUCCCCAAUCGGCCCCCGCGGCUUUCCCGAGGAGGGAUUUGUGCUACACGCUGAACCUCGCUCCGAACCGCUAAACGAGCCUCUUGCCAAGCCUCAGAUGACCGCUGUGGGCGGCGAGGAGGUGGCUGGUGAAGCGGCCGCGGAAGUUGGGCUGGGAGUGCUGACAGGGCUGACAGGGCUGACAGGGCCUGCUUCUGAAGCUGCUGCUGCUGCUGCUAUGAUGCGAGGAGCGGCGGGCGGGGAGGUGCAGCUAGAGCGCAUGUUGGUUGGCCUUUCUAAGCUCGCAUGCUCGCUGCGACAGCAGGAAGCAGCGCAGCAGCAGGCGGCGUGGCAGCAGCAAGCAGAGGAGCAGCAAGAAGCGCUGCAGCACUGGAACGUCCCGGCGCCUGCAGCUCGCACACCGCCGCUGCAAGCGGCUGCAGCAGCAGCCAAGGCAAGGAGAGAGGAGGUGUCUCUUGAGGCGACUCAGAAGUCAGUAGCAGUAGCAGCUGCAGUCGCAGCAGCAGCUGUAGCAGCAGCAGCCGCAGAGGCAAGGAGGGAGAAGGCGAGGAGAGAGCAGGCGGUGCUGUCAAGCCGUGUGAUGGCGACUCUACAGAUGGGAGCAGGCAGCGAGGCCGAGAGGCGGCAGCUGUUAGCUCUCCUGCUGGCGCUGAAGCAGGUGGAGGAGCAGCAGGCGCAGGAAGCGCAGCAGCAGCCGCAGCAGAAGCUGAGGCAGAACGCACGGAAGCGGCAGAGGCGGCAGAGGGCGAUGGGAGGUCAAGGGUUGUCAGGAAACCCUCAGUCGCCGCAAGUGCAGCAACAGGAGCAGCAGCAGCAGCAGCAGCAGCAGCCUGAGCAGCAGGAGCAGGAAGGAAGGAAUGAGGAGCACCGGCUCUUAGCUAGCUCGCCUUUUCUCGCGGGAGCAAGUCCUGACCUCCACGAUGUAGGUGUAAUGGGACGCAUGGACGGGCGGGGAGGGGAGAGGAGCGGCGGCAGUGGCAGCAGUGGUGGUGGCAGCGGUAUCGCCAGUGGUAUUGGCAAUGGUGUUCGGACUGACCCGGAUUUUUCACUGCGUGGUGUUGGGAAUGACGUCUAUUUUUCACUGCGUGGUGUUGACAAGAGCCUCACCAGUGCUCUAAGUAAUGAGAUUCGUCUUAACCCAAUGCGUGGCAUCAACAGUGGCGUUUUCAGCGGUGGAGCUGCUGUGAACAUUGGGACAACGAAUGCUGGCAACGUUGGGAGGAAGAGAAGAAGCCCUGACGCCCUGGAUGACGGCGCUACAGCCGCUCCCCAGUGGCAACACGGCAUGCAGACCCCCGCCGGCUGCUACAGCCGCAGCGUGCUUGACCAUGCGAACCAGAGUGGUGUGCUGGAUGGCAUGCUCUUAAAGGAUGCAGACUCAGCGCCAGUGGGGGCAGCGGCAGUGGGGGCAGCACCGGCACACCCUACUUUGUCUCCUCUUCACGGCAGCAUGGCGGUGGCAGCAGGGCAGCACAUGCACCUCCUGCUCCAGCAGCAGCGGCUGCAGCAGCAACAGCCACUGCAGCAGCAGCAGCAGCAGAGGUGUGAGCAAGCGUCACAGCCUCUGUCACCGGAGGCCAGAAAUCAGCGCUCUUGA